AGUUAAGUUGCUCAAAAUUAUAAGCUCACGGAUAUAAAUUGUCAAUAUAUUUAAAGCGGAAAAAGCCAUCACUUUCUCUCUCACUCAUUUUUCAUCAUAACAUAAUUCAGAUCGUUUUUUACGCUUCCAUCUCCAACAAACACCAGUACCAUCAUCUGAUGGCAGAACCAACAGAAGCACCAUUCAGACCACGAGAGAAGCUUAUUGAGAGGCAAAAAUAUUUCCAGCAUAUGCGUAACCAUACUCACUUGAAAGGGCCCUAUGAUAAGAUUACGUCUGUUGCAAUACCACUUGCUUUGACCGCAGCUUCACUUUUUAUGAUUGGACGAGGGAUCUAUAAUAUGUCGCAUGGAAUAGGAAAGAAGGAAUGACUUGACUAUUUCUGAUGCAGGAGGUGAUUGUUUUGCAACACAGACCGAACAGAACCUCCUCUUUAUGGACUUGAGAUUUUCUUUGUAUCCAUUCUUUUCUCUUAAUAAAAUUGCAUAAUUGCAGAGUUUGACCACCAUUGUGGGUUUAUAACUUGAGUUAAAAUGGUUCGUUUUUGUUUGAUAUAAUCAAUUGAUGACAAACUACUGGUUUUUUAUUUGGGUCUCUUGCUUGUUUUUGGUAAACUGUUCCUUCUAGUUUAUGGUUCUUGAUUUGCAUGCGGUUGACUAGACAA